CAUUUCGCUGCGUCUAAAAGUCUCCUCCCCGCAACCACUAGAUUCGGCGAGCCGAACCCGCUCUCUUUCAGUCCGUAUUAUAACUUCUUCCCACGGACCUACUCCUACCUCGUUGGGUACCGAGAGACAGUUUGGAAUACUAUCAUCACGGAUUGAGUACGAUUUUAUCCGGAUGACGACUCCAUCAACAAGAAUUUUGUAAAAGAAAACUGGUCGGAAAUUUCAGAAUAUGUGGACGGGACCUUAAUCAGCAUCCUGGAAGUGGAAAGCACGGAAGCGCUGUGUCCCACACCGCAGACAGGUGCAGUGUGUAGCCGGAGCAGCACAGAGGGAGGAAGCUCUGGGGAGGAGGCGGUGCAGCAGCGCACCCCUCCGGCUGUGGAUGUGCUGGGUGACAACCCCCAGGCUGCGCAAAAUGUGGCCGCUGCGCCUCUCUCACCACUGGAUAACACGACCACGUCACACCCUGAAAGACACGGACGCAUCAGUGAAAAUAACACACCCACAGAGACUCACCCCAGCGACAACACUAAGGACAGCCUUGAAAGAGGGGCAAUGUCAGAUAGUGGUGGUGGAGGAAAAUUGGGCCCGUUGCACCCCAAGGACCCUAGUCUCUCUACAAAGUCCCAUUCAGACAGACUCUCUGACACACAGACAGACGGAACAGCGCAAUAUUCGCAUUAUGUGUCACAAACUGAUAACAACAGCCACACAGACAGACAAACGAGCGGUACAGAGUGGAGUGCUGCUGGACCAGGCCAGGACCAGGCUCUGCAUCAGAGAGUUGCAGGUGGACUGGUGGUCGUCAGUGGGACAGAAAGGGGCCAGCCUCUCCCAGAGAAAUUGGAAUAUAAACAAGAGACUGGAGUCGAGGAACUUGGCAGAGAAUACCCAGCUAGAAACCUUCCCUCUAAAUCCUGCUCAACAGUGUCGCCACGUCCCCUCGGCCCAAAUAAAGAUACAGUCCCAGACCACAACGAAGACAGAGGGAUGGAGCAGCCUCAAACAACUCCGCCGACUCAGGCAAAUCAGGCCAGCGACAUACCUCUGUCUGAAGUCCAAGAGAAAGCAGGCAUUCUCCCAAAUUCUGAGCAGCCUAUCCCCCCAGUGCUCAUCACUGACAACAGUAAGAAGAAACAAACAGACAUCUCCACAGAACCUAAAAUCAGGCAAAACUCAAAUUACGACCAAGAAGAGAUACAGGGUGCUAAUGCGGUGGAUCAGGGACCACACGAAUCUGAGAGAUCUACAGAACCGUCUGAGAGUAGACAUGUCACACUUGGGAGUUCACAAACGCUACUCCCAGACCCACCAACUGACAUAUCCGGGACCCCACAGUCAAGAGAAACAUACUCUGGUCUUGUCCCCUACACGCCCCCUGGCAGUGGUAAUUCCACCCCAGACUACACAACUGACAGACAGGAGAGUGAGCGCGAUAUCCAGACAAAUCCCCCUCUCCCAACAGAAGAACGGAUUGAGACUAACAGGGCAAAGGAGACUAAAACGGCCAAGCACUCACCCAACUUUACAAUCCGGUCACAAAGCUCUUUUCUACAGGAGACAACAGCAACAACCUCUCCUAUACACCACCUCCCCAGUACAGAAAUAGAAUUAAUGCAGACAGAACAAUCUAUUGAAGUUCAGAUGUCUAAUCCUGACCACAAAACCAGGAUGGAGACUCCACUGGUCUCUGAGCUCGUGCUGUCAGCUGAUGCUCAAGGAGCUGUGAUGCAUGGAGGAGAGACCAGCCUGGAGUUGCCUGAGGAGGUGCAGGUGGAUCAGAGUGUCUUCCUGCAAGAACAUCUUGUCAGUGGUGAUACUGCUGUUAUUGAAUUCAACUCUGAGUAUUCUGACAGAGAACCAAAGUCGUUUAUUGAAGGGACCCAUUCGGAUAUCGAAAUGGACCCACUGGCUGCAGGAGAAUUUGAGAUUUAUAGCUUUGUGGAGGAGGAGAUUGCGAUAGAAGUUGUUGGAGAGAGACCGUCCCUCUCCCCAAGCUAUGAAGUAAACUUAUUCACCCCACUCAUGGAACACUCAGAGAAUUGUACAGCCAGUGAGGGACGAGAAAUACACCUUCUAUCUCACCCUCAAGCGAGUAAUGACAAUGAUCAAGUCAUUAUCCAGCAUCAACAUGACUUUACCCCUAGUCUCUCCACACAAGAUGUAGAGAUGACUGAUGAAGGGCAGAAUUUUGAGCCCACAACUACUGAAAUUGACAAUACUGUGUUGGAAGAUUCAAGUGAGGUUUGUGUAGUCCAAACUGUCACAGUAUCAGAUACUCCAGAUGGACAGACGGACACCUGUACACAAGCUGCAUUACCUUGUCUGGAGACCAGCACAGCUGUCUCAGACAUUAGAGGGGUGAGCAUUUCCCCAGCCACAUGUCUGAGUGACACACAAACGCUGCCAGGGGAAACGGAAGUGAGAGCAAUGACCAGUACAUCUUCUCUUGUCUCCCCAAUGGAAGAAUUAACAGAGGGGGUUGUUGUACAGUCAAACAGUCAACACAGUAUUGAGGUCCUCUCGUCCCCAAUGCCCAUACACUUGCCAGAGGGUAGAAAGCAGAAUUGUCCUCUAAAAAAGGUACCAGGAGCCACCUUACAAAAUACUACAGAACCCAAGCCCUGUGUUUCUUCUCAUGAAGGGACCAAAUAUCCACAGCCCUGUCCAACACUGACAGAAACCCCAGUGGAGACCCAGCAGAAUGUUUAUCGUACCGUUAAUGUGACAGCAACCGAGGCCAACCCAGAGGCUUCCCGGUCCACGCUCUCUUCUGGCAUCAUCGACCCAAAACUCCUCCUACUAAAGCGUGGGGACACCCCUCUCCUCAAACAUCCUCCCUCCUUAUUGUUGGGGGUAUCUAGGCAGCAGAGCAGCAGCCUGACGCAGGCUAGCACUAGCAGCUUCAGCUGUGGCUCAGACACAGCACCUGUAUUAGAGUGCCUUCCGAAAGCUGUGUCAGUUGCUGUGCCUUUGCCGGAGCCUGUGCCUGUAAGCAGUCAUAGAGCCCAGACAGAGCCCUCUGUCAAAAGAGAACCCACAGCAGCACCUCCUGCUAUUCCCGCUACCAACACCCCAUCCCAGUCCCGUAUGACCCCUCCAUCUACUCCCACACCAUGCAAAUCUGACAAAGAGGCCUUAACUCCAAUCAAAAUAUCCACGGGCAAAGCAGUGACUGUGUCUCAAACCCUAAACCCUCUGAACAUCAUCAAUGCAUCUUCCAAGCCCCUCUCUGCCCCCAAAUUGCCCUCAACAUCAGGCAAUGUGACGAGGCGUAAACUCUCCAGUUCCUCCAGGGGUGGGAGCCAGUUCGGAACACCGCCUGUCAUCCGGCCACGGCUAGCCGGUGUGAAGGGCCCGGGGCUCAGCAGCCCCACGGAGGAGAGCAGUGAUGAGGCUGACCUGGCAGUGAAGGCCCAGCCUAGCCGCAGGAGCAUGGUCAACCCCAGCCCAGCAGUGAACAAGGUACGCCAGUGGAUAGCAGACAGGGUCACACAAAAUUGGUCACCUGCCUCCUCAUCCACUUCAUACCCCUCUCCUGGCCUAUCAUCCUUCAUUGACUGGACUCCCAGCACUACUCCCCUCAUACUCCGAGGUGCCCAGGGCAGGUUCCUCUCUCCUCCCUUUAUGGGCCCAGGAGGCUCCUCCCCAUCGGACCCUGUCACUCCCCAUCGACCUCGCGUGGAGCGUCGCGCAGACAUGGCUGAACUAGCCAAACACGAGGCGGAGAUAGAGGGCAGGACCGUAGCGUUGAGGAGGGAAGGCUUUUGGUCUAUGAAGCGACUGACCCGCCUGACGGAGCCGGUCCGGCCCAAGGUUCACUGGGACUACCUGUGUGAGGAGAUGCAGUGGCUCUCGGCCGACUUUGCCCAGGAGAGGAGGUGGAAGAGAGGGGUCGCCAGGAAGGUGGUGCGGAUGGUGAUGCGACAUCACGAGGAGCUGCGGCAGAAGGAGGAGAAGGCCAAGAGGGACGAGCACGCCAAAAUCAGACGAGUCGCCUCCAACAUAGCCAAGGAGGUCCGGGCCUUCUGGAGCAGUGUUGAGAAGGUGGUGCAGUACAAGCAGCAGUCCCGGUUAGAGGAGAAGAGGAAGAAGGCUCUGGACCUCCAACUGGACUUCAUCGUGGGCCAGACAGAGAAAUACUCUGACCUCCUCAGUCAGGCCCUGGAAACGGCACCGGCUGGGAACAGUGAACCUGCACCCUCACCACCCAGAAAUUCUCUUCCACUUGUUGUGGAUGAAGAUGACAGAGACUUUGAGCCUCCGUGUGGUGGUGAGGAGGAGGAUGAUGAUGAGGAGACCAUCGACGUGGAGGAGGAACAGGAUGGCAAUGACCCUGAGACCCAGAGGAGGGAGAUUGAGCUGCUGAGACAGGAGGGGACCAUGUCCCUGGCAGAGCUGCUCAGCACCCUCAAACAGCCCCUUUCACAGGACUCGGAAGAAGAGUGCUCAGACAAUUUGUCCACAACAGUGGACGAAGACGCAGAGUUCACAGCCAACGAAGAGGAUGCUGAAGAUGAGGAGGACACCAUCGCAGCCCAAGAGGUGGUGGAGGGGGAAGCAGAUCACGCAGGCGAGCUGGAUGACUUGGCCAAAGAAGGUGACAUGACUGUGGAGGAGCUGCUGGAGAAGUACAAAGGAGCGUAUGCCUCUGAUUUCGAGGAGCCCUCGGCAUCCGCCACUCCUGCCAGCUCCAAGGAGUCUGAAAAUUCUGUAGACGAGGAAGAGGAGAGCGAGGAAGACGAAAGUGACGUGGAAAGCAACAUCACCACCUCAGAUAAUGAGGACAGUGAUGAGGAAGAGGUCAUUGACAAUGAUGAAGAGGACAGUGAUGAAGAUGAGUGCGACGAGGGAAUGGAGAUCCUGCUGAAGGAGGGAGACCACAGUCCCCCUCUCCCAACCGGCCCGCGGCCCAAGAAGGAGAUCAGCCACAUUGCUGCUACUGCAGAGAGCCUGCAACCCAAAGGCUACACCCUUGCCACAACCAAGGUUAAGACUCCCAUUCCGUUCUUGCUGGUGGGCCAGCUGCGUGAGUACCAGCACAUCGGCCUAGACUGGCUGGUCACCAUGUACGAGAAGAAGCUCAACGGCAUCCUGGCUGAUGAGAUGGGCCUGGGGAAGACCAUCCAGACGAUCGCCUUGCUAGCUCACCUCGCCUGUGAGAAGGGUAACUGGGGGCCCCAUCUUAUUAUCGUGCCAACCAGUGUGAUGCUGAAUUGGGAGAUGGAGCUGAAGCGCUGGUGUCCUGGAUUCAAAAUCCUCACUUAUUACGGCAGUCAGAAGGAGAGGAAACUCAAGAGACAGGGUUGGACCAAGCCCAACGCCUUCCACGUGUGCAUCACCUCCUACAAGCUGGUGCUGCAGGACCACCAGGCCUUCCGUCGCAAGUCCUGGCGCUACCUCAUCCUGGACGAGGCCCAGAACAUCAAGAACUUCAAGUCCCAGCGCUGGCAGAGCCUGCUCAACUUCAACAGUCAGAGGCGCCUGCUCUUGACGGGCACCCCUCUGCAGAACAGCCUGAUGGAGCUGUGGUCCCUGAUGCACUUCCUCAUGCCCCACGUCUUUCAGUCUCACCGAGAGUUUAAGGAGUGGUUCUCCAACCCCCUCACCGGCAUGAUCGAGGGCAGCCAGGAGUACAAUGAGGGCCUGGUCAAGAGGUUACAUAAGGUGCUCAGGCCGUUUCUGUUGAGGAGAAUCAAGGUGGAUGUGGAGAAGCAGAUGCCUAAGAAAUAUGAGCAUGUGGUGCGCUGCCGUCUGUCCAAGAGACAGCGCUUCCUCUACGAUGACUUCAUGGCACAGGCCUCCACCCGGGAAACGCUGGCCAACGGUCACUUCAUGUCUGUGAUCAACAUCUUGAUGCAGCUCCGUAAAGUGUGUAACCACCCCAACCUGUUUGACCCGCGGCCCAUCCACUCCCCCUUCAUCACCAAGCCCAUCGUCUUCCACACGGCCUCCCUGGUACAGAGAGCCCUGGAGAUCUCCCCAUUCAAGCGCGGUGACCUGUCUUUGUUUGACCUGGUGGGUCUAGAGGGCAGCGUGUCCAGGUACAAGGCCGACGUGUUUCUGCCCCGCCGGAAGGUCAGCGGCCAGCUGAUCCAGGAGGUCAUGGAGUCCCCCGACCCUCCUCCCCGCCCCAAACCUGUCCGUAUGAAGGUCAACAGGAUGUUCCAGCCCUUACCUAAGGCUGAUGGUUGCACGGUGCUGAUGGUGAACAACCCUCGGCUCACCUGCCCAGUCACCCCUGCUGCUCAGGCCCCAAGGCCCCGUCUCAUCCAGGACGUGACCCCAACCCUCACCCCUUCACCUCUAGUCCAACAAGCAGUGUAUUCAGUGGCACCCACUGCCCCUUCACGCCCACCUGUGCACCCCAGCGGCCCCUGUGCAGUGGGAACUGUCGUGAGGUCUGGCUCCCCAAUGCCAGUCCUGGCUGUGCGCUCGCCCACCGCCUCCUGCAACCCCGCCACCCAUUCCACCCCUUCUUCCAGCAACGUCAUGACCCAACGGGUUCUGCUCAGCCCAGACAUGCAGGCCCGACUUCCCUCUGGGGAGGUAGUGAGUAUCGCCCACCUGGCCUCGUUGGCUGGGCGUCCUGUGUCGUCGUGCCAGGGCAGUAAGCCUGUUACCUUCCAGCUGCAGGGCAACAAGCUCACCCUGUCUGGAACCCAGCUCCACCAGGUCCCUGUGGCCCCUCCACGCCCAGUACAAGGUAACUUCAUGCAUCUGGUGACCAGCGGAGGGCAGCACCACCUCAUCAGCCAGCCAGCCCAGGUAGCAGUGUUCAGUUCAGCCAACACCCAUGCUGCCACCCCCUCUCCCGCACCCUCGGAAAUCCAACUUCCUCUCAACGCUUCUCAAGUGCCCUCCUCCAUGGUGGCCAGCUCUGGGAUUGUGAAGAUCGUGGUACGCCAGUCAAGCAAGGAAGGAGGAGGUGUACCCACCCUGGCAGUGCCCCCUUCUCCCCGCGUAGCCCCCCAGGCGUCACCCUCCAUACACCACCAUGCCAAUACCAACAUUGCUCUGAGAUCCCCCCUUGCACAUUGCCACCCUGGACCCGUUACUGCUCAAUACACCCUGGCCCCACCUAGAACCCCUACGUCGGUCACAAUUAGAACCUCUACCCCAGCCCCUCCUCGUAUCCCUACCCCAGCCCCUCCUCGAACCCCUAUCCCAGCCCCUCCUCGAACCCCUACUCCUGCCCCACUUCAAAACCCUACCCCAGCCCCCAGUCAGCCUGAGCCCCCUCGCCCAGUGCUGAAGGUAGUAAAAGGGCCAGCCGAAACCAGCACAGAACAGAAAGCUCGUCUGAAUUCUUUGUCAACGCGUGAGGAGAGCAGCGACACUAAAUCAGCUGUUCCUAAAUCAGGGUCCCAUGUUGGUGGAUUUGUCCCCCCUCGACCUCGGGCACAACCUCGCCCACAUCCUCGCUCCCCCUUCUACAUGUCAUGGCUGGCAGACAGCCGCAAGAAGCAGCGAGACAGCCGCCUGGCCCAAAUCAUCCGGAUCAAUGACCUGCACUGCAGCGCCAAGCCCGUGUACGGCCAUGAGGUGCUGGACUUCCUCACCUUCCUCCCGGGCUCCUGCCCUGCUCCGGCCCCCAGGGCCCUGGGUCAGUGGGGCCGCUCGGGCCACACCGCCUGCUUAUUCGCCCAGUCCCACAGCACCGUGGACUACUGGGACCAAAGCCGCGCCCUGAGGGAGGCCAUCCACACCACUGAGGACAGGCUGCAGCUGCUCAAAGAUGUGAUAGAAAGGUUUACGUUUGUGAUCCCACCGGUGGAGGCUCCAACCAUCACCAUGCACAGCUGCCACCCCCCUCCAUCUCUGAGCCACAAGCAGGCCGUGUUCACCUCGCUGCUCUCCUCCCAGGUGGCCCCGCUCACACGCAGUCUGCACCGCAUCCAGUGCAACAUGAGGACCCACUUCCCUGACCUGAGGCUGAUCCAGUACGACUGCGGUAAGCUGCAGACACUCCACACUCUGCUGCGACGGCUGAAGGAGGGCCAACACCGCGUGCUCAUCUUCACCCAGAUGACCCGCAUGCUGGACGUGCUGGAGCAGUUCCUUGGCUAUCAUGGGCACAUCUACCUUCGCCUGGACGGCAGCACCCGCGUCGAGCAGAGACAGUCCCUGAUGGAUCGCUUCAACGCGGACCGCCGCAUCUUCUGCUUCAUCCUGUCCACGCGUAGCGGUGGCGUGGGGGUGAACCUCACGGGCGCCGACACGGUGGUGUUCUACGACAGUGACUGGAACCCCACCAUGGACGCCCAGGCCCAGGACCGCUGCCACCGCAUCGGACAGACCCGCGAUGUCCACAUCUACAGGCUGAUCAGUGAGCGCACGGUGGAGGAGAACAUCCUGAAGAAGGCCAACCAGAAGAGGAUGCUGGGAGACAUGGCGAUCGAAGGAGGCAACUUCACCACUGCUUUCUUCAGACAGCAAACCAUCAGGGAACUAUUUGAUGUGACGGAGGGGGAGAAGAAGGAGAUGAUCGUGGAGCUCUCUGUGCCCCAGCCUGAGGAAGAGGAGACUGUCAACAAACAGAGCACCACCAUCCUGGAGCAGGCCCUGUGUCGUGCCGAGGAUGAGGAGGACAUAGUGGCCGCCUCCCAAGCCAAAGCAGAGCAGGUAGCUGAACUGGCAGAGUUCAACGAGGCCAUCCCAUUGGACGAGGCUGGUGAAGGGAGGGACCCAGAAGAAGAGGAGCUCUCCAAGGCCGAGCAGGAGAUAGCGGCUCUUGUGGAGCAGCUAACUCCUAUAGAACGCUAUGCUAUGAACUUCCUAGAGGAUUCACUGGAGGAUGUGUGCAAGGAGGAAUUAAAGCAAGCCGAGGAGCAGGUGGAGGCUGCCAGGAAGGGGCUUGACCAGGCAAAGGAGGAGGGCCUGAAGCUGCAAGCAGGCUCCUCAGACAACGACGACGAGGACUUCUCAUCACAGCCAGCAGAGGAGCCCUCGACUCCCGGGUCGGGCCGCCGCCCACGCAAACGCAAAGAGAAAGGCGCCCCCUCCACCAGGACCAGCGGCAGGCUCCGAGGGACCACGCCCUCCCCACCGCCCACUUCGCCAGAGCCCGACACCCCAACCACCACCCCAAGAGAAGUGCCUGAAAGACUCCGCUCUGCUCUGAGAGGACGAGGGGGGACCAAAGACACCACCACCCCGGCUCGCACAGAGCACCCAAGGGCCCACACCACCUCAUCAAGGCUCCAGGAAUCUGCCAAACCUGCAGCGACAACCCCGGCCUCUCCUAGAGACUCCAGUCUCAUAUCCGGGUCGGCAGCGCCACUUCUCCGGACCCAGUCCCACUCCAGUUCAGUGCCUUCCACUGCCACCAGUCCUCUAGCUGGGAAACCACUGACACAACCAGGGGAGUCAGACACCGAGUCACCCAGGAGGGAGCAGGGAGUGUGUGUCUCCUCAGAUUCCAUGUGUCCGGUGGACCACCAGUCAUACUUUGCCCAGACCAGGGAUUAUGACAGCAGGGACCAGAAGUCCCUGUCUCCCCCCUUGGUGUGCUCUCUCUCCCGGUCGCCACGCAAGCGCCAGUCAGCCGACGGGGAGGUCCUGCUAGGCCUCCCGGAACAUUCCCCGUCGGCCAAGGUCCUGCGGAAGCUCCCUGGUCGCCUGGUGACAGUGGUGGAGGACAAGGAGCCCAGGAAGAGGAGGAGAGGCAGCGGAACGGGAGGAGGCUCAUCAGAGGAGACGGAGCACGCAGAGUCGGGCCGAGUCUCAGACGUGCCAAGCAGAGACGCUACAUCCCAGGCCCCUGACAAAACCAACCAGUCCCCCAAAGAGAAAGGGACUGCCUCAAAAUACUCCUCAAAGAUCACCAACCUCCCAGAGGACCCUUUAAGACACACCCAUCCUGCCAGAAACUACCCUCCAUACUCCCCACCCCACCACUCCCCUGACAUGCCGGUGCUGAGGAAUCUGCCGGUGCGGCGGCGGCUUGAGAGUGAGUCUCGCGUGGCGGCCCAGUUAGGAGAGCAGGGUCUGGGCCGAGGGAGAGGAGGGAACUACCACAGGAAAAUGGACACUCAGCCAGGAAAAGAAGGCAACGCGUCCUCGGGCACUAAUGUUGCUAACUCGACCCCGCCGAUGAAACGAAAGAGGGGCCGACCACCCAAGACUCCCCUCAUGGUGGUUGAACCCCAGCCAGAGCAUCUAUCCCCUCCCCACCCUAAGUUACCAAGUGAGGAGGGGAGCCCCCCCUUCUCCCCAAAACGCAAGAGAGGUCGUCCCCGUAAGAACUUGACUACUGUAACGAAUGCAGUGCGUGCAGGAAAGAACUCAAACGCCCCCACUGCCAGCACCACCAGCCAAGCUGGUACCCUGUCUGACACUGCUGCUGCGGACACAGAGCCACUAGCCCCGUCUGCCCCCACUAAGCCUCAAACUGUGGCCACCUCUGCUGUCUGCACCAGCCAAGCCUCUCCGUCUAGCAAAGCUGAGGACUCCACCGCAACAUUAAAAGCAGACACUAAGACUGAGUUCCCUACCACAACCCCAACUGCUAUCCUUGCGUCAAGCCCAGCUCAAGUCCUUACCACAACUGCUAUUCCUGCGCCAAGCCGAACUCAAGUUCCCAACUCAAUUCCAAUCUCUGUCUCCACCUCAAACUCAACCGAUGUCCCUGCCUCAAGCUCAUCUUCCAUUUCCACCUCUGUUCCAGUUGCAGUCCCCUCCACAAGCUCACCCACAGUCCCCGCCUUAAACUCAACCUCUGUUCCUGCCUCCAGCUCACCCACAGUUUCCACCCCAAGAUCACACACAAUAUCCACAUCGAGGAUGACCUUUGGUCAUGCCUCAAGGUCAACCUCUGGUCCCAUCCGAAUUCCAACCGCAGUCCUCACCUCAACACUGGCCCAAUUCCUCACUUCAAGACCUAGAGUCACCACUUCACCGCCAGUCUCCACUUCUCCAUCAAUCUCCACAACAACUACCACACAAAUCUUCGCCCCUACCCCCAACAAGAUUUCCACUCCUCCCCUCGCCCAAAUCACUAUCCCUACUCCAGCCCAAAUCCCCAAAAUUGCCACAUCAGCCUCUACUCCAACCAGCACCCCCACACCAACAUUCACACAUGUCAAACCAACCCUUACUCCGGUCCCUACCGCAGUUGUCACAACCAAUCUACCAACACUUAGUAAACCCACCACAACCUCAAUCGCAAAUCUAACCACAAUUUCCACACCAGCCCCACCCAGAAGUGUCACCACCGUUACACCAGCCCCAACCACAGCCGCCACAGCAGCUCCUGCCACAACCUCCAUACCAACUUCUACCAAAAUCACCACCACAACCCCCACACCAGGCCCUACGCCAACCAUCACGUCAACUGCUACACCAGACCCUACCACAACUGUCACACAUGUCAAACCAACCCACACACCGGUCCCUACCGCGAUCCCCACAGCCUCUGUUCCAAUUCCCAACACCAUCCCCGCAGCAGCCCCAACCAGAACUGUCACCACCGUUACAGCAGCUCCUGCCACAACCUCCAUAACAACUUCUACCAAAAUCACCUCCACACCAACCAUCACAUCAACUGCUACACCAGAUCCUACCACAACCGUCAAACCAACCCACACACCGGUCCCUACCGCGUACACCACAACCUCUGUUCCAAUUCCCAACACCAUCCCCGCAGCAGCCACAACCAGAACUGUCACCACUGUUACUGCAGCCACUACCACAACACCAAACCCCACCCCUUCCCAAGUACCCACCACCAAAAUCCACACCCAGAUAUCCACUCCAAGUUCAACACAAGUACCCCCCCUAGCCCAAAUUCCUGUUACAUCCAGCAUCUCCACUGCUGUGGCUGCCACCGAGAACCAGGCUUUGGAGCCUGCUCCAGUGGAGACUGCCCAAAACAGAGACUCAGAGAAGAUAACAGACAUGGAGGUAGAAGAGGAUGGAGAAGAGGAGAUUAGUGACUCUCAACCGAAAAAGAGGAAAGUGGAGAAUUCUCCUGAAGCCAAAGACACUGUCCCAGAGGCCCCAGUGGCUCCUCGGCCAGAAGCAACUGAUAAACAGAAGGUAGAGGAGAGCGUCGGCGACGACAGAGCCACCAGCAAGAAGAGGCCUCUCAGUCGCGGGAGCAGUCAGGAGUCUGUGCGCUCCUCCUCUCCCUCCUCAGUGUGUUCCACAUCCACUCCCACACGGUCAGCCCAACACAAGAAGGGUGCAGAGAAGAGGGCACCUGCCAAGAGGAUGCGAGGGGAGGUUUGCUCUGACCCAGAGAAGGGAGAGGGAAAGACAGAGAAAGAUUUCACCAAUGCUACUCAGAGGAGGCAGUCCAGGUCCUCCUCUUCAGACUCUGACACCUCUGAAACCAGGAAGGAGCGCCUCCUCACCCGCUCAGCCCAGUGCCGACAGGAGACCGAGGGGGAUGGAGAGCGCAACGGGCGGAUUGGAAGACCCGCCAGGAGCUCUGAACGUGUGGGCAGGACUGUGUCCAACAACACCGGUACUGAUGAGUCUGGCAGCCAGACAUCCUCUGUGAGAGUCACCCGGAAAUCCUCUGUUCUUCAGCCCACCCCAGAGAGAAAACCCCAGUCCAACAGUGUGCCCUCUAGCCCUAGCCAGCCAGAGGUCCUAGGGAAGAGGUGUUCAGCACUGAACGCUGCAGCCAAACUCCUUGCCAUGCGAGGCAGAAUCGACACCCCUGGCAGCAGGAAAGACCCUGCGGCUAAGACCAGUGGGCAGAAUGCCACUUCUCCUGCUUCCUCUGAUAAGAACCAGAAGUCCAAAUCUAAAAGUGCACCAGCCACUCCGCAAACCAACUGCAACAACAAAGUAGGAAGCAGCAAGACAACCCCAACCCAGUCAAGCCGCACCGCCGCACGCUCCACCCGCCAGUGCCCUGGUCCACUCGUCCCGGCCUUGGAGACGAACAGCAAGAGGGGGAGCAAAAAGGAGGAGAAGGAAAAGAAGAAGCCCUCCGAGGGAAAGGAGGAGAGUGAGCGGGAGACGCGCUCGUCCAGGGGCCACAGUGCAUGCAGCAGCAUGAGUAGCGAUGGUGGCGGCAGCAGCAGGAGCCAGAGCAGCAGCAGUAGCCUCAGCUCCCAGAGCACCGGGCCCAGGCGCAACUACUCACGAGCACCCUCCUCCGGCAGUGAACGUGAACGCAGCACCGAGAGGGGCAGGAGGCGCAGCCACAGGAAGGAAGGAGAGGGCCGGGGGAGGGAGACUCGGAAGGAAAGAAAGGAGAGGCACGCCCAGAAGCGGGAGAGGCUUUCCCAGGAAGGGAACGCCGGCUCGGGAGAGGGCACCCCGGACAGGGUGCUGCGCAGCGUGGCGGCUAUGGCAGCGGCUCAGGCCCGCACACCAGCCGCUAACACCCGCUCCUCCUCUGCCCAACACAGCAAGACAUGAUGGGAGGACUAGAGAUGAGGAGUGAGGGAUUCUGACUGGAAAAAUAGAGGGGUAGGUUGUAACAGGGGAAAUGACCUCUAAAGUUGCUGCUUUGUCUACACUGACAGACCAGAGCAGAACAAUGAGUGUUGUGCAGGUCAGUGACCUCUCUCCCUCUUGGGCCCCUCUCCCCCCCCAACCCACAUUAAAGCUGGUCUCCUCUCCAGUUCAGCCAUCAUCAACUGGGGGAAAGGUUCAGGGAUGCCAGACUGUCUGCAAAGAGAAAGGUGGCACCAUGGUAGUGCCAUUCCAGAGGUGAGGUGUUGGUAGUCCUGAAGGUGUCACUUCAUACAGACAGUGGCUUGACUGCGGGGACUUUGUUGCGAGUGAGUAAAUUGUUAGUUCACACUAUGUACUGUAAAACAUUUAAAAAGACUGGAAUACUAAGAGAUGUAUGUGUCCGAGAGAGGUUUAAAUUGUGCCCUAUAUACAGAGUUUAUUCGCUGCCAGGGUUAUUGAUUCAAAAUAAGCUUGUGAGUGACAGUUGUAUCGUAAGAUGAAGGUUUUAGACAGUUGGGUUCUGGACAUAUUGUCAACUGUUCUGUUUCCAGUCAGUUGAUAAGUGAUGGGUAUUUUAUGGUUUCUUCCAGGGAAAUGGGAAGAGAGCAGAUCUGUAAAUGUGAUCUUUGCUGCACUAUGCUGGAGUUGGUCUUUGCUUGGGCCUCCCUAUCUUGUGAUUUUCUGCCCAUCUUUUUAAAUCCAGUCUGCAUUUUUUUAUUUGCACAUCAGACAUGUUGUCCUCAGCAUAAUUUGAGUGCAUCAUUGUGUAGUAUUUUUUUUUAAACAUAAAUUUCAAUCAAAAUACUACUAUGUUCCUGUUACCUCACACGAUGCAUCUCUCAAGCUCUAAAUAUGUCUGUCUUUCUUGAAGAUGGUACUUAUUUUGCUUACUGUCAAUGCAGAAACAGGAGCAGAACUUUGAUUUAAUUCUCCUCACCUUUCCAAAGUCAGUCAGACAUUAUGGUCAACGUCAUGAAGUUGAUCUAAAAGGGUAUUGAAUCCUUGUGAAUAAAAUGAGUGCCUAUUAGGCCGAGCAGGUGGACGGAGAAUUCCAGUUUGCCUUGUCAAGUACCUGACGUUGGGGUGUUGUCAUUAGUACAAAAAAAAACAAAAAAACACCUGUAAAUCACCCUAUGCAUCAGUGCUAUCAAAUUCUAUAUAAUUAUUUUUUACUAUUGUCAUUGCUCCUCUUUCAUGUAAGUACUUGGACAAAACAUGUGAAUAAAACACUGGUACAGUUCCAGGUGGCUCUAUAUAUUGUCAAUUUACUUUGAGGACUUGCAUUUGGAAAAGCUAUUUUUGGGCAGGGUGCUGUUUUGAGUGAAUGGGUGGAAUAUGGUAAUGGUCUUAUUUUGUUAUCUUGAUGUCUUUCAUUUGUUACAUUCCUCUGUUCCCUUGUAAUUCUACAUCGUUUUACUUGAAAGAUUAAAAGACAAUGAGUUGAAUAAAAAGACCAAAAAUGUA